AUGUUUUCACUGAAGAAAAUCAACGACAAACUUUGUGAACACCAAUUAGAUUCAAGCGAUUGUGACAUUAUAUCAAUUGAAAAUGAGUUAGACAGUAAGAUAUCUCCCAAGCGUAAUGUAGCUGAUUCAAAUUGGUAUCGGGAAUCGCGAAAGAAUGCAAAAAAUCCUUUAAUUAGCCAGUAUAUACCACUGAGUAUAAAUUCGAAUAAUGCAGUUUCAAAUGAAAAGAGUGAUAAGAACGCCAGCCGAUUUACUUGUGAAGAGGAGGUAAAAUAUGCUGAAAAGUUGAAAGCUGUAACUACAAUGAAUCAAAAAGUAGUAAGCUCUGAAAUAGUUAACGACAGGGAGGUAAGAGCACAACCUACAGAAGAAGAAACCUGGUGUGGAGCAAGACGAAUGAACGAUGCAUCUCAAAGUCCAUCAAAUACUUGUCAAAAUCGAACUCAUGAAAAGGAAUAUAAAGGGAGUGAAAAAGAUAAACAAGAUUAUUCCCUCAAAAAUAAACAUUCUGAGUCAAUAAAACUAGAUGAACAACAAAUAAAAGCAGCUUUAUAUGAAUUGCAAAGACCAUCAUACCUACUAAUCCCACUGUAUUAUUUAUGUCAGUUAUGUUGGAAUUUUUGUCGUAGAUAUCCUAUUCGAAUCACAUUACGCCACAAACAGAAACGGAGACCAUUACAGAACAUAGAAUGGAUAUGUGUAAAAAAUACUUUAGGUUUGAUUUUUGGAUUAAGCCUAGGACUCAUAACAUAUUUCUUAUUUAUGAUCACAUUUUCAGGAAAUCCACAUUUAUCCACAUUAUUAAGCGCUUACAUCAUGUUGAUAAGUGUAUAUGGUUUAGCAUUCUCUGAAAAUUUUCAAUGUAUCACAUUAUUAACAUUUCCAUAUAUAAUUGCUACACGUUUACGUUGGGCAAUUUUAAUCUAUGCAACUGGUAUGUCAUUCAAUGGACCUGGUUUAAAUUUUCUACAUAAUUCAGGUAAUUUUCGCAAUUCCAUUGUUUGUAUCAUAGCACAAGUGAAUACAAAUAUGAUGGUAUUGAAAAAGUUAACUCAAUCACCAUUCAUUGUAUUGAAAGAUCAAUUAGAAAAUAUGAUUGAUGGUAUUAACAAUAUUCUAAAUACCUUAAGAAACUUAUUAUUUAAAAUUAAUUUCUCCAUUAUACAAUUAACUAAUGUAAUGGAAAGUCAAGCCAGUUGGAUACAUUCAUUAAUUAUAGCAUGUGAAGAUAAAAUUUCUUUAAUGAAUCAAUGUUUAGCUUUUUUUAAUAAUAUUUACUUUAGUUGUGUAAAUAGUUUUAAAAUUUUAAGUAGUCUAUGUCGUUUUAUCAGAUUUUUUGCUAAAGAUACUUGUGUUUCAUCAGAAAAAUUUACAGAUUUAUGCCGAAAACAAAGUGCCGUACUUGAAGAGACAUUGAAUAUUACAACAACAACAGAAUUAACUAAACAACUUCAUGAAAUAAUCCAUUUGAUUGGAAGUAAAAAUUUAACACUUUAUGGUAAUUUAAGUAAUAUAGAAGUUAUUUUCAAUGAUGAUCAUUAUAUAUCAAAUAAACUUCAACAAAGAAUGGAUCAUUUUGUACAAGCUAUUGAUGUUGUGAAAUUGAUUUUAGCUUGGAUUUUAGUAGUAUGGACAUUAUUCACCAUGUUGAUAUUAGUUAUACAAGCAAUUAUAUUUAAAAAGUGUUGGCUAUCAAAGGACUCAUAUGAUAAUGUAUAUAUAACUGAUGGAUUUAUUAAACAAGAAAUACAAGCCUUCAAACGAGGUUUGGUUCCCACAGUUCCAUUAAUCCGUAAAGAAAAGAAAUUAUACAAGAAGUUAUCAAGUUUCAGCUGGACUAUAUCAGAAAAACAAUCUGCAGUUUUUAAUUCUUUAAUGCUUUUAACAUGGAGUACUUCAAUUAUUCUAGUUAUGAUAACUGAUUAUGUAAUGUAUACAAUUUUUAAUAUUAUGUCAGUUUUAUUUUUAUAUGAUUAUUCUGAUUUUGGAAAUAUUACAGGAAAAGAUGAUGAACAAAUAAAUGAAGAUGAAACAAAUGAAUUAUAUAUUGAUGGUGAUUCAACAUUUGCAAAUAUUGUACAAUCAUUGAUUAGUUUAAUGAAUCCAUUGAAAAAUAUUGAAUUAAACAUAGAUGUAACACUUUGUCGACCAACAUUAACUCCACCAGAUUUAUAUAAAUAUGCUUUUAUUUGCUUAUUACUAAGUUUAGCAUAUUUUAGUGUUGUUUUUCAAGUGUAUAUUAUGCGUUUACGACAUGUCAUCAUGAUAUGGUACUAUCCAAAGACAGCAGCUAGACGUGCAGCCUGGCUUCGUAUACAUAUAAGAAAUAACCGUGGCUUAUAUAAUCGUAUUAUACACAAAAUUAAAACAAUAGAUAUCGCUUCAAAUCACCGAUCACAAAAUUUGUCACGAUUUGGAAGAUAUUUAUGCCGUAAUCCACGUGUAGCAUAUUUUCUUAAGUUAUUCGGAGUUCAACGCAUUAUUUGUACAUUUUGUGGUAGUGAUGGGAAUCCAUCAAAAAAAGUUGAAUUUAAACAGAAUUUCACACGUUGUGAAGAAUGUGAUGCUUAUUUUUGUCGUCCAUGUCAAAUAGCCUUGAAUCAUAUAUGUUUAUUAUGUCGUACACCAAUGUUUUCUAUGUCUGUUGAAGUAGAUUUUGAACAUUAUUCAACAGAUGAAGAAAAAGAGUAUAUCAAUGCACGCUAUUUACAAAUAAAUAAGCAUAGUUCAGUCAUAUCUUCUGAUAAACUUACCGACAUAUAA